AUGCCAAGAAACUACAUUAAGAAAAAAGAAUCUCGAAGAAAAACAUAUGCACCUAAUUUGUUGCAAAAUGCCAUUUCGAAAGUUAAAAAUAAAGAAAUGACUUCGUAUGCUGCAUCAAAAGAAUAUGGUGUUCCAAGAAGUACAAUUGCAAGACAUCUUCUAGGCAUAAAAUGCUCAAAAGUUGGUGAAGGGCGACCAAACCGAUUAUCUGCUGAUGCUGAAAAAGAUCUUGUUUCACUUUUAUCUGCAUUUUCUGAUUUUGGAUUUGGAUUAGAUAAAAAACAAUUUAUGAAACUUGUUCAAACGUAUAUUGAAUUAAACGGAUUUCAGAAAAAAUUUGUUAAUGGUGUUGCUGGUGAUCAGUGGUUUUGUAAUUUUUUAAAUCGUUGGCAGAAAGAAAUAUCUAUAAGAACUCCAGAGCUUUUGACAUUAACAAGAGCCUUAGCUUGUAAUAAAACUGUAAUUGAUGCUUGGUUUUUAUUACUUAAAGCAACAUUGGAAAAAUGUGACAUUAUGAAUAGAUCUGCCCAAAUACUAAACUGCGAUGAAAGUGGGUUUUGCACUAACCCAAUAAAUAAAAAAAUUAUUUGCAAAAGAGGUAUUAAAAACCCUGUAUCUAUUGCUCCUGGAUCAGGAAAAGAACAGUUUACUGUACUAGCAACAAUAUCAGCUGCAGGAAGAAAUUUUCUUCCAUUUAUUUUAUUUGCUGGGAAGAAUUUGUAUAAAGAGUGGAUGACUGGUGGACCAAAUGGUUCCUUAUAUGGGGUGACAAAAAACGGUUGGAUGGAAACAGAAGUUUUCACUGAAUACUUUAACCAUCUUGUUUUAUGGUUGAAAGACACACCCAAGCCUGUUUUGCUUAUCUUUGAUGGUCACAUUAGUCAUAUUUCUUUAGAAACUGUUAAAAAAGCAGUUGAAAAUCAUAUAACUAUUUUGUGUUUGCCAGCACACUGUUCGCAUUUGCUUCAGCCACUUGAUGUAGGAGUCUUUCGCCAAGUUAAACAUGUAUGGCGUGAAAUUCUGGCCAAUUGGUAUACCGAGUCAAGGCUGAAGGUGGUUGGGAAAUCUGUUUUUCCAUCUUUAUUAAAAAAACUUUAUGAUACCUCCUUUAAGCCAGCUCAUUUAGUACAAUCCUUUGCCAAAACUGGAAUUUUUCCUUUUGAUCCAUCUGCUAUAGCAUCUGACAAGUUAAAUCCUUCUGAAAUCUAUGAACACCCUUUUUUUCAGAAAACAAAUAACUAUAAUAAUAACGUCCCUCAAAACAUCGUUUUAGACACCAAUGUCAAUGAUCAGAACGAUACUUUAAAUGAUUAA